AUAAACGACUAUAGUGCCAUCCAUCUGUCAUCGACCUUUACCACGUGGUUCUGUUUUUCGUUGUUCAUGCAUUUAACAUUAUCUGUAAAUUUUCAGCUACCUUUUUGGUUCUCUCUCUCUGGUACUUAUUUUCUUGCUAUUCUUCGUUGACUUCGAAUCCAGGAAUGAGUAACCUCAAGUUAGCGGUGGAGGUUGUGAGUGCCCAUAACCUUAUGCUGAGACAUGGACAAAGCACAACCAGUGCUUAUGUGGAGUUCCUGUUCGAUCGUCAGAGAGCCCGAACCAGCACAAAAGCAAGAGAUGUCAAUCAUGUUUGGAAUGAAACCAUCUUCUUUGAUGUCUCCGAUCCAAACCGCCUGCGUGACCUCGUUGUUGAGGCCAAUGUUUUCCACAAUGGAAAUGCCAACUCUACAACUUUCCUUGGAAAGGUUUGUCUGCCUGGGACAUCAUUUGUCCCAUACUCUGAUGCUCAUGUUUCGCUCUACUCUCUUAAAAAAAGAGGUGUUUUCUCUUUCUCCCGCGUGAGAGGAGAGCUUGCUCUGAAGGCUUACCUUGCAAACCCAAAUCAAUCGCAGCCAUCGGUGAACCAUGAGGCGAAGUCCGAAUCCCAUGAGCCUCCUAAAGUUGCUCCGAAGAACUCAGGUUCUUCAUCUCGACCGUCUGAUUAUCUGCUUAAAGAGUCAAGUCCUUACUUGGGAGGGGGGCAGGUUGUUCGUGGGCGAUUUGUGCGUGGAGACAGUCCAGUCAUCAGCACCCAUGAGCUUGUCGAAACAAUGCAUUACCUGUUUGUACGCGUUGUGAAGGCCCUCGACCUUUCUUGUCGUGACGCAUAUGUGGAAGUGAAAGUUGGGAACUGCAAAGGAAUUACAAGAAGUUUGGAGAAAAAGCAGAACCCUGAAUGGAAUGAGUUUGCUCUCGAUGAAGUUCAGACUCGAGUUCCAGUGGCUCCGGAAAGGCAUCAGCUAGUAGACAAGGAUGGGAAGAAGAAGAAGAAAGGGGAACUAAUGCUUGCUGUAUGGUAUGGCACUCAAGCUGAUGAAGCUUUUCCAAAUGCCUGGUAUUCUGAUAUAAUUCUUCCUGAUGAUAUGUCUUCAGCUGCUUAUACACAUGUCCGCUCAAAAGUUUACGAUUCACCAAGAUUAUGGUACGUACGGGUAAAGGUGAUUGAGGCACGGGACUUGGUUGUACCUGACACAUCUCGAAUCCCAGAUGCAUACGCAAGUAUACAAAUCGGUCAUCAGUGUUUAAAGACAAGAGAAGUUCAAUCUCUGAACCCAAUGUGGAAUGAGGAACUUAUGUUUGUCACUGCCGAACCCUUUGAUGAUCAACAUCUGAUCGUUUCUGUUGAAGAUCAUGUAUGUCCAGACAAAGAGGAGACAUUAGGAAGAGUUUCCAUAGCAUUGAACUCCGUUAAGAGGUGCGGUGAAUCUGCUGAUGAUGAUCAAAUUAUCUGUGGGCAGUGGUUUAACCUUGACAUGUCUCUGUCAAAUGCCAUGGAGAAAGAUAGAGAUCAUAAGUUUUCCAGGAGAAUCCAUCUCCAUGUUUGUCUAGAUGGAGGGUACCAUUUACUUGAUGAUUCUUCUAACUAUUGCAACGACCUGCAGCGGCCUGUUGGUGUCUUAGAGCUCGGAGUUCUAAAUGCCAAAGACCUAAUGCCAAUGAAAACAGAGACUGGGAAGGCUACAACUGACUCGUAUUGUGUGGCGAAGUUUGGCGACAAAUGGGUUCGUACUCGAACCAUAACUAACAGCCCAAGUCCAAAAUACAGUGAGCAGUACACUUGGGAGGUAUAUGAUCCUGUCUCAAUUCUCACAGUCGGGGUUUUUGAUAACAGGCAGAUUGGCAAUUCAAGUGGAAAAAAAGAUAAAGAAAUUGGCAAGGUCCGGAUUCGAAUCUCUACCCUCGAAUCAGACCGCGUGUACACACACUGUUAUCCAUUACUAUCCCUUUCUCCUUCUGGUGUCAAGAAGACGGGCGAAUUACAUCUUGCAAUAAGGUUUUCAUGCAUAUCAUUGGCCAAUCUGAUGUUGAUUUACUUUCAACCCGUUUCGGUAAAGGUGCAGCCAGGCACAUUGAGGGAUCAAGCUGUGUUGGUGGUGGCAGAUAGGCUUGCUCAGGUAGAACCACCUCUUGGGAAGGAAGUAGUUGAAUACAUGUACUCUGAUGCUGCAGAUGUUCAUGUUUGGAGCCUGAGGCGCAGCAAGGCAAACUUUUUCAGAAUGAUGGGUGUUUUAUCCUGGUUCAUUUCUGUUCUGAAAUGGUUUGAUGAAGUAUGUGCAUGGAGAAGUUCCAUUAUAACAGUGCUAGUACAUGUCCUGUUUGUGAUGCUGGUGUGCACUCCGGAACUUAUUUUGUCAACUGUUUUCCUAUACAUGUUCCUUACAGGGAUUUCGAACUUGCGGUACCGCCCAAGACACCCUCUCCAUGUGGACACAAGGCUCUCACAUGCAGACGCUGCGCACCCUGAUGAGCUUGAUGAAGAAUUUGACACAUUUCCAACUUCACAAAACGAUGAAAUAAUGAAGAUGAGGUACGACCGCUUGAGGAGUAUUGCCGGAAGGAUUCAAACUGUGGUGGGGGAUGUUGCAACGAUGGGGGAGCGGAUUCAGGAAUUUCUCAUCAGUUGGCGGGAUCCUCGCGCCACUUUUAUAUUCAUCACAUUCUGUCUUUUUGUUGCCAUUUUGUUGUUUGUGACACCGUUGAAGGUUGUAGUUAUUGUUGGUGGGUUUUACUUGAUGAGGCACCCCAGGUUGCGGCGUAGGAAACAAAUGCCAUCAAUCCUGGCUAACUUCUACAGAAGGUUGCCCGAGAAGUCGGAGUGUAUUUUUUAAAUACCCCAUUAUUCACUUAUUUAGAUGUGGUAAAGUUAGUACCUUUGAAUUUUCAUGGUAAUUCUUGUAAAACUUGCAUGCUUGCUGCUCGAAAAAUUCAAGCAUACGGCUGUCGUAGUUCUCUCACAGGAAGUGGGCUUCAACCGUGACGUGAGUCCCACCCUCUGUUAGGGGGCUGCCGUAUGUAACAGCCCGUAUACAAGGAUUUUGUCGUGCUGCUGUGAUCUCCCAAAUUAAUUAUUGAUUUGGAAAAGCGUCGGUUUACAA